GAUUAUUUUAGUGAAUACUAAUCAGUAAUUAAAUCCUCUUAAACUGUCAGCAUGGCUUCAUGGUCCACUGGCUUCUGUGACUGCUUCUCUGAUUGUAGCUCUUGUUGCCUCACUUUUUGGUGUCCUUGUGUUAGCUUUGGAAGGGUAGCUGAGAUUGUGGACAGAGGAACAACUUCUUGUUGUGUGCAUGGACUGCUUUAUUGCCUACUUGGUGGUUUUAGUCAUUUAGGGUCACUGUAUGCAUGCAUUUAUCGUACAAAAUUAAGAAGAGUUUUUGGGAUCGAAGGGAGCAAAACAUGUGAUUGCAUUGCUAGUUGUUGCUGUGUCCAAAUAUCCAUUUGCCAAGAGCAUCGUGAGCUAGAAGCCCGUGGUUUCGACGUGUCCGCAGGUUGGGAUAGGAACGUGCAAAUGUGUACCAGAGGUGCCAUGCAGAUGCAGGCUCCAACAGUGGAAAUUGGCAUGACCCGUUAUUAGUGUGCUAGCUUCGUGAUGAUCACUCUUAAGCCAUUUUGAUGAAUAAUUACUUUUUAUUUAUAUUUUG